ACGUGGAGAGGAAGCGGAGUCCAGCUCCUCUUCCUCUCUUCUCGCUUUUCUAAAGUCCAACACUCAAUUCAAUUUAGCGAGUGAUCUACUGCCGUGGCCCAAGCACCGUCCACAUGAGAGCAAAUCAAGCAGGCUUCGCCAUAACGAGGCGCCCCCAAAUCAGCAGUGUUACUCAUCAUUGAGCUUAUUGAUGCUCGUUUUCCGGAACGAAUCCCCCCGCCCCCCCCCCCCUCCUCUCGCUUCUCUCACACUCAGAACUCUUCGCUGAGAAUUCAACCACAAGACCAGUUUUUCUUUGGACGCGCUGGAGACAUACGAAGAAACUCAUGGAGCGCGGGAAUAAUUAGAGAAGAUCAACUUUUUUUUCUGAGCAGCUGAUCUUUUUAAAGUGGAAGCCAUCCGUGGGUAAGCUUUCAUGGGAUAUUUGGGCUGUAUAGGGAGGCUGGCUUCUCUGAUAUAGGCGCCUCUUCGUCGCGUAUUCCUGCGGGAGGAUGACUGGACGCACGAGGAAGUGAAGGCUCGAGGACAUUGUUGUAUUUUAGUCUGCAGGUGAUUAACUGUUGCAAUUGGUUUUGAAAACAGGCACCUCUUUUGGAUGCAACGUCUGGGAAUAACAAGUUGAGUCUUGACAUUGGUGUUGGAAUGAUCUGACAACAAGGGGAAAUGUUAUUCGUACCAAUUUGGAAAUGGAAAAAAGAAGAUACGUUUUUAGAACAUGCUAGGUCUGGCAACGUGUUCCCAAAUUCCUCCACAUACAGCCUACAAAGUCGACCCCAACGCAUCCCUACUGGCUCGAAACGGUCGUUUAUGAGCCACUAAAUUCACUUCGUGAACACUGAGAACUACCGUCUCAUUUUCUGCUUGGCUUUCUGGAAAUGUGAGUCCGGGGGAGACCAGCACGCGCACCACACGGAGUCGCCAAGGCUGCGACGCACGACCCAAUUUUCCGUCGGGGAACCGGGCUUGGCACCGCAGCAUCGCAACGACGUCCACGCGUUUUCUCUCCGUGAUGCCUGCGGUUGCACCGAUUCCACGACCGGCCAGUGGAUAGUGUUUUUUCCCCAAUGGUUCACACCGGGCAGGUGUCUCAGAGAAGGCAAAACCUCGGCAGUUUUGUUCAGUACAUCCUGGACACACCUUUUUUAAUGUCAGUCAAGAUCUCGGCUGGGUUGCCAUGAUGAGCGAGGAGUGUCCUGUGCCGCUGGGGAGCCUUUCCUCAGCAGGGCCGGGGCAGAGCGAGGAGUACGGCUUGGGGCAAGCUGACGACAUCAUCGAGGAAGUGGGUCCCUGCGACGACGUCAGUAUCGGCAGUGACCUCAGCACUCUCGUGCUGCCCUUCCCGGAGCUGGCGCCCGUGGUCUUCUUCUGCCUCAAGCAGACCACCUGUCCUCGCAACUGGUGCAUCCGUAUGGUCUCCAGCCCGUGGUUCGAGAGGAUAAGCAUCAUGGUCAUCCUGCUCAACUGUGUGACGCUGGGCAUGUACCAGCCCUGUGAGAACAUCGACUGCACCUCGGACCGCUGCCAAAUACUGCAGGCCUUUGAUGCAUUCAUCUACAUCUUCUUUGCACUGGAGAUGGUCAUAAAGAUGGUGGCUCUUGGGAUCUUCGGCCGUCGCUGUUACCUGGGAGACACCUGGAACAGGCUGGACUUCUUCAUCGUCAUGUCCGGGAUGGUCGAGUACUCCCUGGACCUGCAGAACAUCAACCUGUCGGCCAUUCGGACAGUGCGCGUCCUUCGGCCCCUCAAAGCCAUCAACAGAGUACCAAGUAUGCGCAUCCUGGUCAACCUGCUGCUAGACACUCUACCCAUGCUGGGCAAUGUGCUGCUGCUCUGCUUCUUCGUCUUCUUCAUCUUCGGCAUCAUCGGUGUGCAGCUGUGGGCGGGUCUACUGAGGAACCGCUGCUACCUGGAGGAGAACUUCAACCUCUCGUCAGGUAUGACCCUGCCCGCCCCGUACUACCAGGCGGACGAGAACGACGAGCGCCCCUUCAUCUGCUCCCUGGCAUCGGACAACGGGAUCAUGUCGUGCGGCGACGUGCCGGCGAGGCGCGAAGGAGGACGCACGUGCUGCCUGGACAGGGAGGACGCUCUGCACAGACAGGCCCUGGGCCUGAGUCCGGAGCCGCUGGCCAACGGCAGCGGCGUCGGGGAGGCGGUGGGUCUGUGCAUCAACUGGAACCAGUACUACACCCGGUGCCACACAGGAAGCACCAACCCCCACAAAGGGGCCAUCAACUUUGAUAACAUCGUCUACGCCUGGAUCGUCAUUUUUCAGGUGAUAACUCUGGAGGGCUGGGUGGAGAUCAUGUACUACGUCAUGGAUGCCCACUCCUUUUACAACUUCAUCUACUUCAUUUUACUCAUCAUUAUCGGUUCUUUCUUCAUGAUCAACCUGUGCCUGGUGGUCAUCGCCACCCAGUUCUCGGAGACCAAGCAGCGGGAGCACCAGCUGAUGCAGGAGCAAAGGGCGCAGUGCCUGUCAUCCUCCACCCUGGCCAGCAUGGCCGAACCCGGGGAUUGCUACGAGGAGAUCUUCCAGCUGGUCUGCCACGUCCUCCGCAAGGCGAAGAGGAGAUCGGCGGCUCUCUACUACACGCUGAGGGGCAAGCCCCCGCCGGCUGGAGGAGGCAGGGGUAACAGGAGGGGUGGAGGGAAUGUGAACGGAGAGCGACAUCAUUCCAGGCACGCAAAAACGCCACACUGUCCGCACCAGAGCAAGCAGGACAACAGCUCUCAGACACUGGCUAACUCCAUCACUCUGGCCGUCCCUCAGAAUCCCGAGGACUGCCCUAUAUGUGCACUAUCACUGAAAGAGGGGGCGAGGGAGGUGGGAGACUCCGCCAGCGGGGAGGAACAUGAGGAGGAAGCGGUGAAAGAGACGAGCAAGGACGAGAACCAUCUCGAGGAGCGGGGCCAUGGGGAGAAGAAGAGGAAGAGGACAUGCUUUGGACAUUGUAAAGACAUUUGGAAUGACAUGAGGAGGAAACUUUGGGGCAUUGUAGAGAGCAAGUACUUCAGCAGGGGCAUAAUGAUCGCUAUUCUCAUCAACACUAUCAGUAUGGGCAUCGAGCAUCAUAACCAGCCAGAGGAGCUGACCAAUGUCCUGGAGAUCUGCAACAUAGUUUUCACCAGCAUGUUCACCCUGGAGAUGAUCCUCAAGCUGACUGCUUUUGGCUUCUUCGAGUACCUGAGGAACCCUUACAACAUCUUCGAUGGCAUCAUUGUCAUCAUCAGCGUGUGUGAGAUCAUCGGUCAGGCAGACGGCGGUCUGUCGGUGCUGAGGACCUUCAGGCUGCUGAGGGUCAUCAAACUGGUGAGGUUCAUGCCUGCGCUGAGGCGGCAGCUGGUUGUGCUGAUGAAGACUAUGGACAACGUGGCCACGUUCUGCAUGCUGCUUAUGCUCUUCAUCUUCAUCUUCAGUAUUCUGGGGAUGCAUAUCUUUGGCUGUAAGUUCAGUCUGAAGACCGAGGCAGGAGACACGGUACCGGACCGGAAGAACUUUGACUCUCUGCUGUGGGCCAUCGUCACCGUCUUUCAGAUUCUGACUCAGGAGGACUGGAACAUGGUGCUGUACAACGGCAUGGCCUCCACCUCGCCCUGUGCUGCUCUCUACUUCGUAGCUCUCAUGACAUUUGGAAACUAUGUGCUCUUCAAUUUACUGGUUGCCAUCCUGGUGGAGGGUUUCCAGGCUGAGGGUGAUGCAAACCGCUCCUACUCGGACGAUGACAGGUCUUCCUGUAAUUUUGAGGAGAGCGAUAAGCAGAAGGACUCUCUACAUCUCUCAGACCCAAAGAUCUCGACCCUGACCCCAAACGGACACCUGGACUUGUCCGCACUGCCGCACGGCCUGUUCCCAGGAGAGAGGUUAACCUUGGCUCUGGGCUCCAGGAAGAACAGUGUCAUUUCUCUGGAUCGGGCCAACUUGGAGCAGAGGGUGAUGUAUCCAGCUCGAGGUUAUCACAACUGGGGGCGCCCGCUCCCCACCCAGCCCCAGGCCCUGUGGGCCCGGCGCUCCAGCUGGAACAGCCUGGGAGGAUGCCGCCCUUUCUCCUCCUCGUCCCCCUCCGCUAGUCCGGCGUUCACCCCCACCUCCGCCAGGCCCUUCUACGGCUACGGCCUGGGGGGUCUUGGCGGGGUGGUCGGCGGAAGCCUGCGCAUCCGGGGUCCCCGGGCCUCCUCGUCGCCGCACCGCCACUUCCACCACGUCCACCGGGACGAGGAGGAGUCCCUCCUCUCUCCUCCGCCCGCUGCCCCGCACUCUCUGCACCUCCCUCACCCCGUGCGGCCGGGCUACUUCGUGCCCCGCAGGGACCGCAGAGCUCUGUCCCUGGAGCUGCCCCACCUGCUGCAGGUGCCGGGACCGCCGCACCCUCCGCCACCGACCCCGCACCCUCUGCCGCCGCCCCCCGCGGCGCUCCACGCGCACCGCGGGAAGAAGAGCUUCUCCGGGGCGGCGCCUCCGGGCGGCGGUGACGGCCUGGGUUUCUACGGCGGGGUUCACCAGGACUGUAACGGGAAGACCCCUCUGUCCCGGCACCUCCAGCUGCCUCCCAGGCACCACGGCGAGACGCCUGGAGGGGCCAACCCCCAGGGACAGCUGAUGGCCGACGUCUUCCCCCAGGUGAACACGCGCGGCAAGGACCGGGAGGACCUGGACGACGACAUUGAAUACAGCUUGUGCUUCCGUAUCCAGAAGAUGUUAGAAGCGUACAAACCGGAGUGGUGCGAGAGCAGAGAGGACUGGUCCGUCUUCCUGUUCUCCCCGCAGAACAGAUUCCGACAGAUAUGCCAGUCCAUCAUUGCCCAUAAGCUGUUUGACUAUGUGGUGCUGGCCUUCAUCUUCUCCAACUGCAUUACAGUAGCUCUGGAGCGGCCCAAGAUACUGCAGGGCAGCUUGGAAAGAGUCUUCCUCACCAUCUCCAACUACAUCUUUACUGCCAUCUUUGUGAGCGAGAUGACACUCAAGGUGGUGUCCAUGGGUCUGUACGUAGGUGAACAGGCUUACCUGCGCAGCAGCUGGAACAUUCUGGAUGGCUUCCUGGUUUUUGUGUCUUUGAUUGACAUCGUCGUGUCCAUGGCGGGAGGAGCCAAGAUCCUGGGGGUGCUACGAGUACUCCGGCUGCUCAGGACGCUGCGUCCCCUCAGGGUGAUUAGCAGAGCUCCAGGUCUGAAGCUGGUGGUGGAGACCCUCAUAACCUCCCUCAAACCCAUCGGCAACAUUGUUCUCAUCUGUUGUGCCUUCUUCAUCAUCUUCGGCAUUCUUGGGGUGCAGUUGUUUAAAGGCAAAUUCUUCUACUGCUUCGGCCUUGACGUCAAAAACAUCACCAACAAGUCUGACUGUCUCCAAGCAAACUACAAGUGGGUCCACCACAAGUACAACUUUGACAACCUGGGACAGGCUCUGAUGUCCCUGUUUGUUCUCGCCUCCAAGGACGGCUGGGUAAAUAUUAUGUACCACGGCCUGGAUGCCGUGUCCGUGGACCAACAGCCGGUGACCAACAACAACCCGUGGAUGCUGCUGUACUUCAUCUCCUUCCUCCUCAUCGUCAGCUUCUUUGUCCUCAACAUGUUUGUCGGUGUGGUGGUGGAGAACUUCCACAAGUGCCGCCAGCACCAGGAAGUGGAGGAGGCCAAGAGGCGCGAGGAGAAGCGCCAGCGGCGCAUGGAAAAGAAGAGGAGAAAAGCCCAGAAGCUACCCUACUUUGCCAGCUACGGCAACGUGCGCCUGAUGAUCCACACACUGUGCACGAACCACUACCUGGACCUCAUCAUCACCUUCAUCAUCUGCAUCAACGUCAUCACCAUGUCAUUGGAGCACUUCAAUCAACCUCGUUCUCUGGAUCUCGCCCUGAAGUACUGCAACUAUUUCUUCACCUCUACGUUUGUGCUGGAAUCAGUGCUCAAACUCAUCGCUUUUGGCUUUCGCCGCUUCUUCAAAGAGAGGUGGAACCAGUUGGACCUCGCCAUUGUGCUUCUGUCGGUGAUGGGAAUAACCCUGGAGGAGAUCGAGAUCAGUGCGGCGCUGCCUAUCAACCCCACUAUCAUCAGGAUCAUGAGAGUACUGAGGAUAGCAAGAGUGCUGAAGCUGCUGAAGAUGGCGACAGGAAUGAGAGCCCUGCUGGAUACGGUGGUCCAAGCCCUGCCUCAGGUGGGUAACCUGGGCCUGCUCUUCAUGCUGCUGUUUUUCAUCUACGCCGCCUUAGGAGUGGAGCUGUUUGGAGAACUUGUCUGUAAUGAAGACUACCCAUGUGAGGGUAUGAGUCGUCACGCUACCUUUGAGAACUUUGGCAUGGCCUUCCUGACCCUGUUUCAAGUCUCCACGGGCGACAACUGGAACGGCAUCAUGAAGGACACAUUGCGGGAGUGCCCACCGGACCACGGCACGGAUGUGGACUACGCCUGCAACCCGAGCCUCCAGUUCAUCUCGCCCAUGUACUUUGUCUCCUUCGUGCUCACCGCCCAGUUCGUGCUCAUCAACGUGGUGGUGGCCGUGCUGAUGAAGCACCUGGACGACUCCAACAAGGAGGCCCAAGAGGAGGCGGAGAUGGAUGCGGAAAUUGAGCUGGAGCUGGCCCAGGGCACCCUCUGUUGCAUGGGCGCCCCCGGCUGCGGGGGUGCGAGGGCGGACAAGGGACUGGUGGAGGCCGGACCGGGAGGCCCGGCGGGGGGAGGUGACAGAGGCUGUGGAGAGAGGGCAGAAGGAGUGCGCAGGAUGCUUCAUUCAGCCGGCAGUGCGCGCUCCGGAGCGUACAGCUCCCGCGACUCGGGCCGAGCGCUGUAUUCACCAGCACAAGAGAGCCAAUGGCUGGACAGCGUAUCCCUUCUAAUCAAGGAUACACUGGAGGGGGAGAUGCUGAUGAUCGACAACCUCUCCGGUUCUGUUUUCCACCACUAUGCUUCUCCUCCACCCCUCUGCAGAAAUUGCAAGGGUCAUCCACACGAGCAGAUCAGGAUGGCGGAGAUUGAGCAGGCGUCGUUGAAGUCGGAGCAGCUGUCGGACAAGUCUUCGUCCCCCGCUCUGCCGGACGACCUCAGCCUGGACGAACACACGGCCUACCAGCUGCUGGCGCGAGAGGGGAAGGGAAGGUGCAGCAGUGACUCCCACAGCUCAGAAGAGGCCGGAGGUGGAGGAAGUCUAUCAGGAGGCCACCAGACCCGGACCGUGGUGCAGAGCCAGGUGCAAGGGUCAGGCCAGCCCUGCCGGGCGCCCUGCGCUGGCCUCGAGGUGGAGACGGCACUGAAGGGGAAGGAGAUGCUAACACACCAACCUCACUCUAGCCCUGGUGGCGUUUCCAGCAGCAGCAACAAGGAAAGGACCAAAGGAGGAGUUGGAGGAGCCAGUGGCGUUUCUCCCCUUUUCAAUCUGCCUGCAGAGUUCUUCCAGCCUGCAGGAGCAGCCAUCCCAGCACCCCCUCGCAGUAAAAGCCUACGGUUGUCGAGGGGCCUUAGGCUGACCUCCCCAGACUCCUGGGCAUCGCUGCGCUCCCCAGGAGCCCACAGCAAAAUGCUCUGUACACAGUAUCCGUCCCACAGUGACUCGUCCCUUGCUACUGGCAGCUCUGAAGGCAGCCUCCAGACCACCCUGGAAGAGGGACUGAGCUUCAGCAUCUCUCCACCACAGAACUUAGAGUUGCCUUUGCCAACUGCUCCCCUGGCACACCCGUUGCCUGAAGACGACAUUGCUACUUCCUCCCCUAUCCGGACCCUGAGACCAAGGCCGAGCCCCUCAUCAACCCUCACCCUCCAAGCCACCAGGGGCCACCAGCGAAGCCAGAGCAGCGGGCGAGGUAGCACCAGCCCGGGCUACGCGAGGGAAGACUCUAUCGACCCUUCGGACGAGGACCUGGGCAUAGGUAUCGGAUCGUCAAUUGGCGGUUGUGGCUCCAGCCAAGCGGGCAACAGCGAACACUUGUCGGAGACGCUGAGCAGCUUGUCGCUGACAUCGCUGCUGUCGCCCGGCUCCCUGGCGUACCCGGAAGGGGUGGUGAAGAAGUGCAACAGCACAGGCAGCCUGGACCAAGGGGGGAUGCUGCUGCUGUCGUCGCGUCCCAGGGAGGGACGCCGGCAGAUUCUGGGCAUGGAGCUUAUGGACCCGCAAGGCUUCUUGGCCAACCCCUGGACGGGGGUGUUAGUUGAUACAGGAAGAGGAGAGGGACGGGUUGAAAUGGGAGAUGGCGAGCAAGGGUUCAAAGGGAAGAGCUCAAGCCAAACAACAGUCGGACCAUGUCGGAAAAACAGAUGAAACCCACUGUUCAUUGUUAUUUGUCUCUCCAUUCCUUGGAUCUAAACCCAUAGCUGUCCCUCGGACUUUCUCUGCUUUCAUCAGUAAGAGAAAGGCUUGAUGACACAUGAUGUCCCGUUUUCCAAAGCCAAAUCUUCAUCGUACCUCCAAUCCCUUUCUCCACAUUUGUGACAAGCCCAUAUCCUAUUUUGUGCUACCUGAGGGUGAUUGGUUAUAGCCUGCUGGUGAGGACGUGGCCUGAAGAAUUAAGGCCUUAUACCCUCUUGGAGGAUGUACUGGUUGAAGAUUAUUCGUACCAGGGAGCCAAUAGAAUCAAAGACAGAAGAGCUUCAACUUGAAGACACAGGAUAGAGCCUUGUUGUUGCUCAAUUGUAGUUUGCUUUAUGCUGUGCUGGCUUGGGUCCAAACUGAGAUAGCUACCCAUACAAACAAACACUGUUUUGAUCGGUUAACGUCUCGGAGGCAGUGCAGCACGUGAGUGGGAGGAGGCUUGGAAAAUGGCAGAAUACUUGAAGGCGGAAGGAAGGCUGGGAAAGGAGAAGGCGGGUCGUUUGUUUGGCUGGGGAAGCAGAAAGCGGAUCUAACGUCCAUCUGCUCCGGCAGACGGAAACAACAAGUCAUACUCACUCUGGCACGGGACCUUCCGCUGAGUUCAGAGUAAAACGCGAGGUGGAGGAGAGUUCAAGAGCGUGUGCUUAAAGUCUUUGUAGGAGCACUGCCUGAGGUCUGCGAAGGCUUGAAUUGAAUCAUUCUCAUCUCUUCCCCGUACCUCUGUUAUUUUGAAACAGAAGACGGGUAUUGACUGAUCAAAGCGCCUUGCCUCUGCCAAGAUAGUCUUGAGUGGCAGUGGAAAAUGAAAAGAAAUUGACAGAUGCGCAGGUAUAGCGGUGCUUGGAGUGAUUUUUUUCCUUCUGUCUCCAACAUCUCUCUCACUUUCUCACACAGAAAGAAAUGAGUAAGAAAGGAAAGCUGGAUGGAGCUUUACUUACACCAUCAGAGGAAACAAUUACGUGUGCAUGGGCCAGCCUUGUGUGCACCAAAAAGAAAUGGUUCACAGCUCCUUAAUAAAGUGAAACUUCAAGCACACUCCAUUGACACAACUUCUUCUCACCAUGUUUUAAGGAUUUGCGAUGAAUGGACAAACCCACACGAGUUGCUCGGGACUUUGACUGCAUGAUGGAUUUGCAUUUAACCAAGAUUUUUUUAAAUCUAUAUACAGAAGUGUAUCAAGAUGUCAAUGUUGGGUGAUAAUGUGAUUUCUAUUCCACUAUUUUUGUAGAAAAGAGAAUAGGCACGUGCAAGUGUUACUUUGUCCCCAGUUCAUUUAACCCAAACAAUCUCUUUGAUUCGUUGUCUAGGACUUUUUGUCUGCCAGUGGCUUCCAGUUUUAUAAUAUUUUUUAAUGUGUGGAUGGUGUAUAAAACAACAAAGCAAAAAAUGUCAAACUCUGUGCGCUGAAGUGAUUGCUCCCUCCGGCACAUUCCUCCUUGGGAACCCCAGUUCCUCGUGGAUUUCGUUUUUUCUUUCAAAUGUUGGAGUCCAAAGGGGCCGACCAGAGAUGGGAACAGCCAUAUUCACUCAGCACACGAGGAUCGUUCGAGCUCACAGACAUUCCUGGCUGAACACGGGGGAACUUUGUUUGCUUUUAGCCUCCAAAGCGAAAAACACAGACACGAUUAGCAUAAAUCAUCUUUAUGAAAGCUUUAAUUUUUAAAGUUGGACCACGACGUAUUGAUCAUGGACAGUGUGUCUUAAGCAUGGAUUGCAAUACAGUAUGCUUUUUCUUGAAAUGACACAUCAAUGCACUCAUCAUUUCGUCACACACACACACACACCCUCUAUGUUGUAGCAACCUGUUCUCACACCAUAGUUAGACAUCAACAGCUGAUACUGUAACGACAAACAAAACUCUGCAUCUUUUAAUGCAAGCUUGUUUUGGCCUCUGCCGCUUGAUGAAUUACUCCAUCCAAAAAGGAGGUGAUCAUCUUAAGGCCUGAUUUCUAGAGGUAGACUGUUGUGUCCCUUUUGUUUUAAACAUUACCUUGUUUGUUUCUUUAUUUCUCAAAAAGAAUGAGGUGAUGUGAGAACAACUGAGGGUUUUACCUUUUUAUAAUCAUGCAAAAUCACUUUGACGACUAUGUUUCAUCACAUGGUGUUGGGUAUUAGAGCGAUGUUAAAGACAGUUGUGUAAGUGUAUGCUUGUGUGCGUGUGUGUUUAUGACUUCAGGUGAAGUGAUGGCCUUUCCCUGAAGUGUCCUGUUUUGUCCAAGAAGGAAAACAACGAAGCAACCAAGGGCUGUUUUAGCUUCAAAGAUAUAUCGUCCUAUCUCUCCGAGACAAAUCCUUGUGUCAACUGAAUAUGAAAUCAAAGGUUAAAGCCUGACUACGCAGCAAUAAAUGUUCUAUGUGGA